AUGAACAUAUCUGAGACUGCUUUCAUCACGAAAAUCACGCCUUUGGAUUCUUUCAAGAGUUCAAGCUAUUUUGGUCUACGUUGGUUCACGCCUACCAACGAGGUGCCCUUGUGUGGUCAUGCUACUUUGGCGUCCGCGUCUGCCCUCUUUAUGUGUGAAGGAAAUACGUCACAGAAGCUAGGCUUUAAGACAUUGAGUGGGGAUCUGUUUGCAACACGUGAUGGCAACAAAAUUAUGCUAGAUCUUCCACUAAAUCCACCAGAACCUACUGAGGUGAACUAUUCAGAUCUAAUCAUAGCAGUGAUUGGUGACCUCAUUGAUGUCGUAAAAGAUAUCCAAUAUUCAGCUACUACUAAGAAACUACUGAUCAGACUAAGAGACGACACACAAAGAACAGCCUUGGAAAACAUCACUCCUAAUUUCGAGAAAAUGUUGGAGUUGCACACAACUGGGGUUGUGAAAGGCGUUGGGGUAACAUUAAAAGGAAGUACCGAAAAUGGAGCCAUAGACCACAAAGGUCAACAAUAUGACUUCAUAUCCAGAUAUUUUGCCCCAUGGGUUGGUAUCAAUGAAGAUCCAGUGACAGGGUCAGCACACACUGUGCUCGGUCCUUACUGGGGAAAACAACUCGGAAAGACAGAACUAUACGCCCGCCAAUGCUCCAAAAGAGGCGGUGAUCUUGUCAUAAGUAUACGACAAGAUGGCCGUGUUAACGUAGGGGGCGCUGCAAAGGUGAUAAUUAAGGGACAAAUAUAUGUAUAAAAUUGUUCAAGGUGUUAUUUCUGUUACAUAGUUUGAAAUUCUGAAAUAUACUGAAAAUCAUAAUUGAGCAAACGGUAAACAAGAACCAGGUUAUAUAUUUAGGGAGAGGUAAUCCAUCAUGCUGUGUCUAAAUGUUUUAUGCUGGAUUAUAACAGCGAAUCGAUUUACACAGUAUUUUUUACAAACAGUACAUUGUC